GCAGAGAAAGAUCAUGGAAGAUACAACCCACAGGCGAGUAGCUUCAUGUCUAAUUAUCAUUCUCUUUUUACUUUGCAGCGUGAAUGCAUAUCCAUCCACGUUGGCCAGGCUGGUGUUCAGAUUGGCAAUGCAUGUUGGGAAUUGUAUUGUCUUGAACAUGGGAUCCAGCCUGAUGGUCAAGUGCCUAGUGAUAAUACUAUGGGACGUGGAGAUGAUUCAUUUAACACUUUCUUCAGUGAGACAGGAGCUGGUAAACAUGUUCCGAGAGCAGUGUUUGUAGACCUAGAACCAACCGUAGUUGAUGAAGUACGUACAGGCACGUAUAGGCAGUUAUUCCAUCCUGAGCAGCUCAUUACUGGGAAAGAAGAUGCAGCCAAUAAUUAUGCCAGAGGCCAUUAUACCAUUGGAAAAGAGAUUGUUGAUUUAGUGCUAGACCGCAUUCGCAAACUGGCUGACCUCUGCACAGGGCUGCAAGGCUUCCUUAUCUUUCAUAGUUUUGGUGGAGGCACUGGUUCAGGGUUUGCAUCACUGCUCAUGGAAAGGCUAUCUGUUGACUAUGGCAAGAAAUCUAAACUGGAGUUUGCAAUUUAUCCAGCACCACAAGUUUCCACUGCUGUAGUGGAACCCUACAACUCAAUUCUAACUACCCACACAACAUUAGAGCAUUCAGACUGUGCCUUUAUGGUAGAUAAUGAAGCCAUUUAUGAUAUAUGUCGUCGUAACCUGGACAUUGGCCGUCCUACUUACACCAAUUUAAACCGAUUAAUUGGGCAGAUUGUUUCAUCCAUCACAGCUUCACUACGUUUUGAUGGAGCCCUCAAUGUAGAUCUGACAGAAUUUCAAACUAACCUGGUUCCAUACCCACGAAUCCAUUUCCCCUUGGUAACAUAUGCCCCUAUCAUCUCCGCUGAAAAAGCAUAUCAUGAGCAGUUAUCUGUGGCUGAAAUUACCCAUGCUUGCUUUGAACCAGCCAACCAGAUGGUCAAAUGUGACCCUCGCCAUGGCAAGUACAUGGCCUGCUGCAUGUUAUACAGAGGCGAUGUUGUGCCCAAAGAUGUCAAUGCAGCCAUUGCCACUAUCAAGACUAAACGUACCAUUCAGUUUGUGGAUUGGUGCCCAACUGGAUUCAAGGUGGGCAUUAACUACCAGCCUCCAACUGUGGUGCCAGGUGCUGAUCUUGCCAAGGUGCAGCGGGCUGUGUGUAUGCUGAGUAACACAACUGCUAUUGCAGAAGCAUGGGCUCGGCUUGACCACAAAUUUGAUCUCAUGUAUACUAAACGUGCCUUUGUGCAUUGGUAUGUUGGGGAGGGGAUGGAGGAAGGAGAAUUUUCUGAAGCUCGGGAAGACCUGGCUGCCCUUGAAAAGGAUUAUGAAGAAGUUGGCCUAGACUCAAUAGAAGCAGAGGCUGAAGAAGGAGACGAAUAUUGAGAAAACUAAAGCCUGGAAAAAUCUGUUUACCAAAACAAAAAAAAUCGCAAAACCCUGUUUGUUUUCAAAUGUGCUU